AUGGGACUCACAGAUAUCCUUUGUCGAGAACUACAACAUAAGUCUCAAGACAUCGUGAAUGCUAUGAACCUAGUUGGUACAACAAAAGAUGUCCUUGGAAAAUUGAGAUUAAAUGGUUGGGAAACUUUUAUUGGGAAAGUUGAUUUGUUUUGCAAGAAACAUGACAUUGACAUGCCUGAUAUGAAUGCUCAAUAUAAAGUGGGAACAGGUCGUUCUUGUCAACAAAAGGACAAUAUUACAGUUGAGCAUCAUUACCACUUUGACAUAUUCAAUGAUGCAAUAGAUUUUCAAUUGGCAGAGUUGAACAGUAGGUUCAGUGAAGGGGCAAUGGAACUUCUUAUUCUUAGUUCAGCUUUGGACCCUAGUGAUUCUUUUAAAUCAUUUAAUAUUGAUAAAAUUUGCAGCCUUGCAGAGAGAUUUUAUCCUCAGGAUUUCACUCCAAAAGAGUUACAUAUUUUGGGAUGCCAGCUGAAACUUUAUGAGGCGGACGUACCUCAUCAUCCUGUACUUCAAAACGUGUCUACACUCUCUGAAUUAUGUCGGGGAUUAGUUGCAACAAAAAGGUCAAAAAGAUAUCAUUUGAUUGAUAGGUUGAUCCGUCUUGUGCUAACUCUCCCUGUUUCUACGGCAACUACUGAACGAGCUUUUUCAGCUAUGAAACUUGUUAAAACAGCUCUUCGCAACAAGAUGGAGAAUGAUUUUCUAGCAGAUUCUAUGGUUGUCUACAUUGAAAAAGAACUUGCUGACAAUAUCAAUUCAGAUGUAAUAACAAAAGAUUUCAAUUCUCUCAAGGAUCGCAGGGCACAACUUCAAUAA